AUGGGUUUCGUCACUUCAUUGACAAACUGCACUUCCCUACAAGUUUUGGGUCUGGAUAGUAACCAAUUCAGAGGUAUGCUUCCUAACUCUGUAGCCAAUCUUUCCUCUCGUCUCAUCAUGCUCAAUCUUGGCUCGAACCAACUGUAUGGGACUUUUCCAAAUGGGAUAGAAAACUAUGCCAACUUAACAUUACUGAGCUUAGAGAGAAACAUGUUCAGUGGCAGCAUCCCUGUUGGCAUUGGCAAGUUGAGUAAUUUGCAGAAGUUGUUCUUAUAUGGGAACAGAUUUUCUGGGCAAAUACCAUCAUUUAUUGGGAAUUUAACUCAAUUGUAUGAGUUACUUCUGCAAGAAAACAGUUUGAGUGGAAGGAUACCGUACAAUCUAGGCAGCUGCAAGCAUUUGCAGUUGCUGAAUCUUUCCAGUAAUCAACUCAGUGGAACAAUACCCAGUAAUCUAAUGAGCCUGUCAUCAAUGUCCAUUGCCCUUGACUUAUCUAGAAACAAGCUUGAUGGCUCCAUUCCUUAUCAAGUUGGCAGCUUGACAAGUCUCGGAAUGCUAGACCUCUCUGAAAACAAGUUAUCAGGAAACAUUCCAUCAUCCCUAAGCAAUUGUAGGAGUCUGGAGCACUUGAGACUGCAGGGAAAUUACUUUCAAGGUACUAUUCCCCUGGUUUUGAGUUCAUUGUCAGGAAUGCAAGAACUAGAUCUUUCAAGCAAUAAUUUCUCUGGUUUUAUACCAACAUUUCUGGAAAAGUUCUCUUAUCUGCAGUAUCUAAACUUGUCUUUCAAUGACUUUGAGGGUGCAGUGCCAACUGAAGGAGUUUUCAGAAAUGCAAGUGCAUUCUCAGUUAUGGGUAAUAGAAGACUCUGUGGAGGCAUAUCAAACCUUCACCUACCUUCAUGCUUUGCCCAUGAAUUUGGAAAGAAAGAAAAGCAUAUAAUCAUCAUAUUAGCAAGUAUAAUAUCUGCUCUUGUCCUCAUCGUGUUGAUUUUACUAGCAGUUUUCCGCAGAAAGCUUUGCAUCACAAGAAGAUCAAAGUCAUUAGACAGACAACUGAUUGACGUAGGACACAUCAAGGUUACAUAUGGAGAGCUCCUUCGAGCAACCAGUGGGUUCUCUUCACAAAACCUGAUUGGCAUUGGUGGAUUUGGCUCUGUCUACAAGGGUUUCAAUGUAUGUGGUGAACCAGUUGUUGCAGUGAAAGUGUUCAACCUCACUGAUCAAGGAGCUUCCAAGAGCUGCAUGAAUGAGUGCCAUGCAUUGAGACACAUAAGACAUAGAAACCUUGUCAAUGUUAUCACAGCAUGCUCUAGUGUGAAUUUUCAAGGAAAUGAAUUCAUGGCCCUGGUUUAUGAGUACAUGCCAAAUGGAAAUUUAGACCAGUGGUUGCAUCCAGUGAUGAGAUAUGGUGAGUUGCAGCACUUUGGAUACCUGAACCUUAUCAGAAGGUUGAACAUAGCCAGAGAUGUUGCAUCAGCGCUUGAGUACCUUCACUUCAAUUGUCAUACAACUAUUGUUCAUUGUGACCUUAAGCCCACAAAUGUUCUUCUGGAUGAUGACAUGAUUGGCCAUGUUGGAGAUUUUGGGCUUGCCAGGUUUCUAGCAGAAAUCCCAGGUGAAGUUUCUCAAUAUGAUCAAAACUCAUCUCAUCAAGUCAAAGGAUCACUAGGAUAUCUCCCUCCAGAAUACGGAAUGGGGGGAACUGCUUCCACAGCUGGUGAUGUUUACAGUUAUGGAAUUCUUUUACUAGAGAUGUUCACUGGAAAGAGGCCAACUGAUGAAAUUUUCAAAGAUAAUCUGACACUGCAUCAACUUGCUGAGAUUGUCUUCCCAGACAGAGUAAUGGAUAUCAUUGAUCCCGUCUUGCUGUCACAUGAAGCUAAUAAAAACAUACCUCAAAGCUCAAAUGCAGGCACAAAGCUGCAUCAAUGCUUGGGAGCUAUUGUUAAAAUUGCAAUCUCAUGCUCGGAAGAAUCAACAAAAGAGAGAAUGGAUAUCAGAGACGUUGUUACACAAUUGCUAGUGAUCAAGGACACUGUUCUCAGGACCAGGAUCAACGUGAACAACAUCAAGACUUUAUCAUCACUGACAAACAGUGCAUGA